GUAAAAUUGCUAACACUUUUUAAUGGUAUUUCAACUAAUUUUAAAUGCAGUCUGUUUGAGCCUAUGAUAGUUUUAGUCAUAAUAAUGUCAUCACGUAGAAACCCUUUUCCAUUUCCUCAACUGCAAAAUGAUGAUGAUUUUGUGGGUCAAAGAGCAACGCAGAAGAGUCCUUUCAGAAUUUCUGCAUCCGCUGCUCAGCAAUCCAAUCCUUGGAAUCGCUUGAAUCAUAUCAAUACUCUUGCAAGCAGUCGACGAGAAGUUUACCAUUCUGAUCCACGAGCUCCAAACGACAGUCUUGAUUUUGUUUUGAAAUCUGGAUAUGACCAUCACAAUGAAUUUCUACGAGGAAACAAUGAAACUUUAGUUCAGGGAGAAACCGUAACAACUAACCACGGCAGAGUAUUGAAGAAUCGUGUUGUUGAAGUUCCACCACCUUUUGAUCCCUUAUACCCACCAUUGGCACGAGCGGAAAUGUCAAAAAAAGACAGCAUUAAUUGCGUCGACGGAGCAAUACAAAGUCAUCAUAGUGCUGCAACGAACAGGGGAUAUUCACGGCGACACGAUGGUGGAUUUUAUUCGAUUUAAAUGUGAAAUCUUUUUUUGUUAUAAAAAUGAUUCAGUAUUGCUAUUCUUAUGUUUAUUAUAAUUUCUUUAAUAAUUGUCUUUUAUUAAGGAUAAAAAAUUAAUCAAAAAAAAAAACCUCAAAAAUUUUUUAAACAUAAAAGAGUUAAUUUCAAUUUAGAACUUGAUUUUUUUGCACUCUUUUAUUCAAAAAAUGAUAAUUGAAUUUUUGCAAACUGUCAAAUUUUUCAGCUGAUCAAAUUAAUUCCUGUAUAUAUAAAUACUCUUCACUUCCCCACUUUAUUUUUAAGCCUUUUUUCACUUAUGGAAAUAUCUAUUAUUUCAAAAGUUUGUUAAGUUUGUCACAAUGUUUAUGUAAACAAAUACAUUUUAAUGUGUAAUUUUCAUGUCUCAUCUCACGUGUGUUAUUACUGCUUAAUUUAAAUUGUGAUAAAAUCAACUUUUCUAAUGAAAAUAUAUAUGAGGGGCACAGUAAACAGUACAGUAAAGCAGCGCUUUUAAUAUUGAUAUUGCUGCUUGUCAUCAAUUUGUGAAUUUGGAAAACAAUUUUGAAUAUAUUUCUGAUGAAGAUAUGCCAUUUAUGUACAGUUCAUUCUAUUUCUUCAACUUCACUGACUUACUUCAACGGCAUAAUUUGAAAUAUUGUUUUUAAACAGAAUUUAAGUUUUUUUUUAAAUAAUACUAACAAUUUUCAUUUCUUUCAUAGUUAAAAAAAAUAUUGGUAUCAAUAGAUUUUGUCUGUGAUUAAAUUUGUUAGAUGAAUUUAAUUUCUUCACUCGCCUUUUCAUAUGUUAACAAAAUAUAAUGAUAGAAUUUCUUGAUAUUUUGUUUCGUCAAUUCUGAGUUCAAUUUGUAUUGUAGAAUAUUGUAUCAUCUGUUUUAAAUUGAUGUUUCUUA